AUGAAGCAGAACCGUCUCAGACAAAUAGCACCAGGAUUGCAACGCCGAUUCCCACGAAGUCGUUGCUUAUCCCCUAUUCCUCGGCUCUUCUCAAGCUUUCGACCUGCGCAGCAACAAUGCCAUUCUACCAAAAAAGCCCCUUGCAAUAAGAGUAGUGGGCGAUCAAAUUCAGAAACUCCUCGAAAGCCGCGAUUGAGGUCAGUGUUUGAUCCCGGGUUCUGGACCUGCAAAUCAACCUGGAAGCGCGCAGGAAUCAACACGUUACGCUGUCUUGUCGGCUGCACACUUGGCGAUUUCUCCGCAUUAUGGAUGCUGCAAACUUAUUAUCCUGGACUGGGCAUGGGAGUUAUCAUGGGUGCAUCUAUGGCAUCAGGGAUCACAACAUCAAUAAUCCUUGAAACCAUCCUUCUCCGCCGUGGCGUGGAUCAACUUUCAUGGCUGAUGGCAGCUCGCACCGCGAUGGGAAUGAGUAUGGCAUCCAUGCUGGCCAUGGAGGCCGCUGAGAAUAUCGUUGAUUAUCAUCUCACGGGAGGUGUAGUAGAUAUCAGCGACCCGAAAUUCUGGACAGCGGCGGCAGCGUCUAUGGCAGCUGGAUAUUUGGCGCCGUUGCCGUAUAAUUAUUUACGGCUUCGGAAGUAUGGGAAAGCUUGUCAUUGAGAGGAGUUCGAAGCAUAAAAACUUUGUGGUUUAUCUGAGUUGUUCUUCAUUC